AUGGUCGCAGGUGCUACUACAGGUCUACGCAAGGGCGUCUGGGAGCCUCUUCCACUCAUCGCAUAUGGCUAUGCCGUUCACCCACUAUCACCGUCGAAACGAGAUACCCGCAUUUCCAACCGCAGACCGAUGUCUACCAUCACCGAGGGAUCUACAGAAGAAAACCCCGUACACCGUGACGUCGUCUCGCUCGAAGUCGGCGAUGAAGUGUACGCCUUCGAAAAGUACGUCCCGAGAGGCAAGGAGGUAGAGGCUGUGUGGUAUCGUGGUUAUGUUGUGUGUUCCGCUCGUCGGCCGCCCAUAUCGUGGUCAACCUCCGAUUCAUCAUCCUCGGUUAUUAAACCCGUGAAAAUCGAAGAACCCCAGCAGGUUUUCAUUGGAAUCUUCCCUGCUUCGCAUGUGUACAUCAGAGACGAACUCUCAGACGCAGAAGGUCGCCUUCCCGAUCUUGUUACUUCCCUCAAUGUCAAUCCCACCACCCAAAAUUGGAAACGAGAGCGCACUAAUUCUGGACCCGAGCCUCCUCAUCGUGAUCGUCAGCCUCACCCAGACCGAGACAAGGAACACGACAAGGACAACCACGACGAAGAACGCAAGGAAUUCAAGUUGCUCCCUCCCCCAGACACCGCCAAGUCAUCUCGUGCUGCAGUCACGGUAUACUCUGCCAGUGUGUACUCCGGGACCUCCCCCUCGGAACCGCAGAAACCCCUCCCACCGCGUCCCUCCCUCAAGUCCGGGGACGAUACUGCUUCUGGAGCAGAGCAGCCCCUUGUCGACGAAAUUGCAUCAGCCCUCAGAGAAUGGCACAGCUUCAUGUUUCAUUACCUCGCGCGGAGGGACUAUGCCCUGUUCCACACCGUCAAGGGUCACAUCGAGGCUCUUCACCUCGGCAGGAGGCAAUUGCUAGCACAGACACUCAGCGCAGAGGAAACCGUAGCCCUCGCACGAGACUGUGUGGUGAGACUCGUGACCGGAAACGUAGUGCAGGACUUGGACAUCAUCGUCAGGCAUCCGACGUGGGGCGCAUUGGUCACGGUGGAUGUCGAGGGCGAGUUUGACCCAAGGAGUUGGAUGAGUGCAGUCAGGAUGUACGCGAUGCAAACGGCUCUUGCAUACAUGAACGUAUCAACCGAGCAUUCCAAUAACUCCAAACUUACUGUCGGGCCAGUCGAACACAACAGCCCACUGGUCCCGAUUCCCACUCCAGCACACUCCGCCUUCCCCGACGUCGCCCGUCCGCGCCUAUUGUCCCGCAUAACUGGCUCCUUUGCUUCCACCAGCACUGUGGGCAGCAAGCCUGCAGCUGCCAAGUUCUAUCAUAUUUUCCUCGACCUUCGUGCUUUCGUCGCGACGCUAUGUGGUCCCGGGGAGACAGCAGAACUUUUCUUCUCGAUUUACAAACACUCCGACGCCCCUAGGUUCGUUACAGAAGAGUUUUGCGUCGUUCUCAACCACAAUGGUGUCCCGUUUCGGGAAGGAGGUUUAACAAUGCGUGCUCGCACACUGUUCAUUGACAUCGCACAGAGCGAUGCGCAGGACACGUUGUUUCUCGUGUGCAGAAUUGUCAGAAGUGGCGCCAUGAAAAUGGCCUCCCACAUGAGCUCCGGUGCACCGGGCGCAUCAGGCGGAAAAACAAUCAGCUAUCGGCGUCCGUUCGGGUGCGCAGUACUCGAGUUGACACAAUUGAGCAAGAUGCUUGCUGAUGGCACAGAGGUGUCGCCCAUCCGCGAGCAUACAAUGCCUAUCUACGUCCCCGUGAAUGAGGCUUUGUUUUCGAUGUUACAUCAAGAUAUCAUUGCGAAUAAUAUGAAAGAAUACGAUAAAUCGGCAAGGGCAGAGAUGGUCGCUGUGGCACUGAAAGUCUUCCACGGAGAGUCAGCGACGAUCAUCCGGGAGAAUAUGUCACUUUUGCAGGACAUCCCACUCACCCUGCGCCUUGGUUUCCCCGACGUUGUAUUUCCCGGUGACGUCCGCAAUGAACUCUACAUCAAACUAUGGUCUGGCGACUUCCCUACCUCCCAUGUCCCUGCCAACCGUCUCAGUAUGGUAAACCUCGCUCGUCCUGGGCCGACGGCACACAAUAUCCAGGUCACUAUGGAGGUACGCGACUCCCAGGGCAAUCCGGUGGAACGCGUGAUCUCUUUGGGGUCAGGAGAGCCCUGUGUCACACAUUUUCACUCCAUGGUCUUCGCUCGCAACAACCAGCCUACGUUUGGCGAACUUAUCAAGCUGCAGCUUCCUCUUCGCGGGAUUCCGGACUGGCAUUUGUUCUUCACUUUCAGAAACCGGACUGGGAACCGCGCGUUGGGGCCGGAACGUCCAUUUGCAUUUGCAUUUCAGCCACUUUUUCCCGGUCAGGGUGCAUUCCUGGAAGACGGAAGUCAUACUCUGGUCUUGUACAAGGCAGAUAAACUGAGCCAAAUCACGCCGGACAUGUACUUGAGCUCAUCACCGUGGCAUAUACCGAACCAACAGUUGACUAUAUCGCCGGAACUCCAGAAAUUCGCUCCAUCCUUACGCGACACCCUCACCAUCCGUUCCUCCCUAUGCUCGACAAAAUUCACGCAGAACCCUGUCUUACUGAGCUUGCUCAAGUGGGACCAGUUGGCUGACAAGAUCCUCUUAUCCACCGUGCUCAGCAAAUUCACGUUCGUGGGUGAGGGUGAAAUCGUCAAGUUUUUACGCGACAUCUUCGACUCGCUCUUCGGCAUCCUCGUUUCGCCGUCGAACCAAUCUGGUGAAAUGGAUAACCUUGUAUUCAACGCACUCGUGACUGUGCUCGGCAUCGUUCAGGAUAGGCGAUUCAGCAAUUUCCAGCCAGUUUUGGACGUUUACAUCGAGCAACACUUUAAUUGCCCUGCUGCUGCAUCGCUUAUGCUGCGCGCGAUGAACAGAUUGAUGAGGAAUCCUACUGGCACGGAUACGGCUUCUCCACUGAGGGCUACUCUCAAGGUGUGGCACUACAUCUUCAAGUUCAUCACACGCGCACGGGAGCUACAGAAGGCGAAAGAAGUUGGCAGUGGGGCAACGACUGAACACCUCGAGACAACCUUCAAGAAAGAAAUCCGUGCUCAUCUCGUCGAGGUUAACCGCAUGAUGGCAUCGACUUCCCCUCCGUCUAUUAUCGGUACUCAAACAAUCGCACUCCAGCAUUUCACGUCGACGUUGCCAGAGCUGGCGAAGAUCUUCCCCGUAAUAGAGCUCGUGACUAUUGCAACCAACUUUGCAAAUGCAACCUGCGCUGCUAGGGGCAAGCUUAUCAUCUGGCGACUGAUCAUGUAUAUACAACUUGUGAAAAGCUUUCUCUUUGACGACCCGCAAGCUCGAUCCCUCCUUACCCAGGCCGUUGUCCUUUGGAUCAAACCACAUUUCGGCCGGUAUGAUGAGUUUACGCAGACUCAGCCGGGUGAUUCUGAAAGCGCGAAGGACGCAUCGCGAGUGAGCUGGUUGGAGUCGAUGAGGUUAUGUGUUACAAUUGUUGCUGUGAUACUCGAUAAGUUGCAACAGCAAUUGGUAUCACCAACUGUGGGUGCCGAUCGGGCCAUGCUGAGACAGGAACAAGAUAACGUGGAGUAUUUACUGAUGCUCCUACCCAGGUUGCUUGAGACGUACCGCGAAUUCCAGAACCCAGCAAACCACCGUGCGCUCGAGCGCGCGCGGACGCCAACAACCGUCACUGCCCCAAUUCCUGUCUCUUUUCCCGAGUCAUAUCCAUUCUCCCUGAUGGCGUCACUCCCGAAUGUACAAAAGAGUUCUGGGUCUGGAGAUGAUAACAAAAACUUCAAUCCGGGAUUAGGCGAAACUGCCAUCGUUUUUUUGGCCCUGGUACUCUCCGCCCCCACGAAACAUAUCUACAGCUUCCUCGAAUCCUGUUACGAAAUAGAGGGAAGGGAAAAUUUCGCUGCUCUCCUAACUCAGUUCUUCAAAGUUGGGACUUCUAUACUUGACAACGAUGCCUGGCCGAACACAUGGUUAAACGUGAAUAUUUUGACCCACAAAGUCCUAAUCAAAAUGAUGGAUCCUAUCUCCACGCUGCUCAAGCGAAUCUUUAUACCAACGCCCACAGCUGCGAAACAGCUUAGGAUAGACUUGUGGCGUGAUGCGUUUCAUAUGUUGUUGAAACUGCUUUCGUCCGAUCAACUUGUCAUCGAGGACUUCACGGCUCAGAAAAGGCGUGCAGUAUGGCGUCUUGGUGGUGAUAUUCGUGGAGAAGGUGCCGAAAUUUUGAACCGACUUUGGGAAGCUCUCGUCAUACCGGAGUCUACCGAAACAGACACUGUUCACAAGGGAUAUCAACAUGUGCUCAGUCCGCUCAUUGGCCAAAUCGUGAACCUAUGUCUCAGUCACCACGAUUCACUCCGUAAUACCGCCGUUGGCAUUCUUUACGGUAUGAUAAUCUGCGAGUACCAACAAUCCGGCAAUUUUGACAAGAUUGAGAAUGAACUCGUGAGGAAGUUGGACUCGCUGUUCAUGUCGCAAUCCAAAGGCGACGACAUCUCACGUGCAUUCUUCAUCGCCCAACUGAGGCAAUUGUUUGAUUCCUCGGAAGUCGAAGAACAGCUACGUGAACAUGUUUCGACAUUCUUGGAUUCUGUGGAUGCAUUCUUGAAACUCCUACUCAGUGUUAGGAGUCUGCCAGAGGGUGAAGAAUUCGCUGAAGAUCGGGUUAUUGCGACUCUACGCUUGAUGAAUUUCAUUCGUGAAAUUGGGCGCGAAGAAAUGUAUAUCAAAUAUGUACACCAGCUUGUAAACGCCCACCUGCAAUCCCAGAACUACGUAGAAGCCGCGCUAACGCUCAAACUACAUUCUGACCUUCACGAGUGGGAUCUCUACUCCUUUGUUCCGCCAAUGGAAGAGCUUGGCCUUCCGCAGCAAUCUCAAUUCCACCGCAAAGAAACUCUUUGUCUUCUUAUCCUCGACUAUCUUGGUAAAGGAAAGGCAUACGAAAGCGCCAUAGAAAUAUGCAAAGAAUUGGCUAAACAACACGCUGAGGUUACCUUCAACUACGCCCGCUUGGCGGAAAUCCUGAGGCAUGAAGCAACUCUGUUAGAACACAUAACUACCGAUCAACGCUACUAUCCCGACUACUUCCGGGUCGCAUUCUGGGGUGACUUCCCAGAUGCCCUUCGCGGAAAACAGUUUAUCUACAGAGGAUACGAGUGGGAGCGAUAUGGUACCUUCUGUGAGCGCAUGCUGAACAAGCACCCUGGCGCCCAACUACUGAAGGCAAUGGGCGAACCACCGGUAGACAUCCGGUUUGGCAACGAUCAAUAUAUUCAAGUGACGGCUGUCUCACCGGAACCCGAACGUAACUUGCCUGUCUUUAUUAGCCUUGAUGUUCCCCAGGCGAUCCGGGGCUACUAUGAACACUGCUCUAUCAAUGUAUUCAGCUGUUCCAGGCAGGUCCCGAAGUCAGACAAUGAUGGCAACGAGGAAGUUUGGACGGAGAAAACUUUGUAUACGACAGAGCAGGCAUUCCCGACGGUCCUCAGGCGAUCCGACAUCACUGAUACCGAGAUCGUCCGCAUCUCCCCGGUGGAGAACGCCCUGAAUGAGGUGGAACAGAAAACCAGUGAACUUACUUCUUUUCAUCUUAGAUAUGCUGCUUUCGCCAAGACGGCACAAGCGUUCUCCACUAAUCCACUCUCAAUGAGCUUGAACGGUGCGGUCGACCCCCCACAAGACAGUAUACCAGCGUAUCGGGAAACUUUCUUCCACCCUAGCUAUGUUGCGCGUCAUCGCGAUAGGGCGGAUCAGGUGGAUCGCCUCAGGACGGCUAUUGAUGAUCAGGUUCGACUCAUCGACAGUUGUCUUAAGCUACAUGGCCAGAUAUGCCCACCGGAAAUGCUCCGCUUCCAUCAAACACUUCAUGAACUCUUCCGGAAGAACUUUCCAGAAGAAAUUCGGCGGAUCACUGCUGAAGGCGGAUUUGAUGAUACUCCCGCAGAGUCAUACAUCUCACCUGCUCGCACGGGAACGUCAGUGCAUGACCUAGGAUCAGUCUAUGAGCAGGGCUCCAUGCACAAACCAUCCUUAUCAUCGUCUGCUUCUCUUCAGGGCGGGACAGCUCCGCUGUCGCUCGGUGGGUCUUCAGCGGCAAUUCAUGUUCCUAUAUUACCUUCGCCCCUAUCGUCACACGGCCACAUCCGUUCGCCAUCCCAUGCUUAUUCACAAGCACACCCAAAUUCGGACGGCCGCCAUGGAAGCAAACCGACGCCACUCCAAUUACACGCCGCGCAUGUGGCGCGGCACGGCCUCACCGGCGUCUCGACAGGCUGGCGGUCUGACACUCCACCCGGAAAUGGCGUGGGUGCUAAUACAGGAAUUGGGAUGGCAGUCGAUGGUCCUCCAAACUCACCCCGCGAGUCGCUGGUGACCGUGGGCAAUAGUAAUGGCCUUGGAGUAUUGCGUGCGAGUCCUUCUGUCGGUACAACAAGUACAGGCUCGAUCAAAGGACGAUUGUCACGCCUUGGGAGUUUGAGCUUGGGGCCGAGGAAAGGUGGCAUGCAGUGA